AAGGUGAAAUGCAAACUCCGUCGCGAAGUCGAAGUAAUGUUUGACGGUAAAUGGCGUGUAUGUCCCGAAAAUGGUGGCACUAUUGUAACUGCAAAAGAUACGACUAGCGAAGACUGGUUAGAAUGUCCAGCUUUUAAACAUGUAUGUUCGGAAGACGAAAUAAUAGAGAGAAUGAGAAGGCGUGAGAACAGACUGGAAGGAGACAGUAGUUAUAUUGACACGAACAGCAUUUUGUAG